ACACACAAAGAAAGGUAUCUAACAGGAGAUAUUUGUAUAACGGCUCAUAAUAUUGUAACACUGCGUGUCGUGUGUAUGUUGCGGAGGGCGUUCGUUUGACAAACGCGCCCCUUUAAUCGUCAGAGGAGAGUUUAGGACUGUGUGCAUCCUGUGGCUGGGUCAGUGUCGACGGAUGUAGCUUUAAAAAUGCGAGGAAAAGCUUUGAGCGAACGGCGGGUUCUGUUUGUUUCUUUCUGACGUCGUAAUGUGAGGCCUGAAAAGCAGCUUGACAGCACCGAAGGAGCUUCCUGACUCCUUUAUCCCAAAGUUUCCCGCAGCUGAACAUCGUUGAGGUGUAGCAUCGGGGUUCGACUGCGACAUCGCCCCGUCGAUGCGUUUCUGCUUUUCCACUCACAGGCUCGGUAUGUCGGAUGAAGAUUCCCGUGCCAGCACAAGCUCUUCCUCUUCUUCAUCUUCGACCCAUCAGCAGCAACAGCAGGAGGCAAACCCCCCAAAGAAAAGGGAAAGUAAAGCCAGCAUGAGCAAAACCUCCAAACAUCUGUCCACCAGUGCUAAGAGAAUUCAGAAGGAAUUGGCUGACAUCACAUUGGACCCUCCACCAAACUGCAGCGCCGGCCCUAAAGGAGACAACAUCUAUGAGUGGAGGUCCACCAUCCUGGGCCCUCCAGGCUCCGUGUACGAGGGGGGAGUGUUCUUCCUGGACAUCGCCUUCACACCAGACUACCCCUUCAAACCACCCAAGGUGACGUUCCGUACGAGGAUCUACCACUGCAACAUCAACAGUCAGGGCGUGAUCUGCCUGGACAUCCUGAAGGACAACUGGAGUCCUGCCCUCACCAUCUCCAAGGUCCUACUGUCCAUCUGCUCCCUGCUCACUGACUGCAACCCAGCUGACCCUCUGGUUGGAAGCAUCGCCACACAGUACACAACGAACAGACCCGAACACGACAGGAUAGCCAAACAGUGGACCAAACGCUACGCCACAUAGUCGCCCGAGCUGCUGCUGGUUGGAUGACCCGGGAGGGGGAUUUGUUUUUUAAUCUUGGAACUGAAGUCUUAAAUCCUGACAUUAUGUUGUUUAUUGUAUUUUUAAGUUAUCUUUUGGCCUGACUAUAAUCAGAUCUGGCAGUAGCACAUUUAGUGUUUCCUCUUUGAAUAGUUAGCCUGUGCUUGACGAUGGACAUUAAUACUUAACUACUAGAUGAAAUGUCACAGCAUGAUUCCCAGUCAGUGAUGUCAGUGUAAAUUUCCACUUGUAUUAAACUUCCAGUUAGUGUUGCGAGCUGCAGCCAGCGCACUGAUCAGCAGCCAUAGUUACAGGCUGCACUUCUCAGUAUUUGUGUGCUGCUGAGAAUAAAGAGAAGCUAACGUUUACCAGCACCCAUUUCUGCUUAAGCUCAUUCACAUAUUGAAGUGAAAGUCUGACCGUCUGAAGGUUUUCACACUUUGUCUCAGCGCUGAUUCUCCUGAGCAGUUCUGCAUAUGAGAGCAAUCACUCGAACACUGGGGUAACCCUGCGCUCGGACCGAGGGCCGCUCUGCUGUUUGCUGCCACGCUCAGACUUGUGGUCUUAGAGAAAGUUAUUUCCACAUAUAGACAUGUUUAGAUGGAUGUUGGUUGUGGUUUGUGUUCUGUACCAAUGAAGAGCAGCACUGUUUCUCCCUUUAAGGAUUAAACAUGACCAACCGAA